AUGAGUAUGAGUUUUGUAAAUAUACCUGCUUUAAAUGGAAGAGAGAAAAAUGGAUGGAAGAGAGAGGGGUGGAAGAAAGAGCUUCUUGGACAUGGCCAUGGUGAAGGUGGUUGGCGUGAAGAUGAAUGGGUUGUUGUUGAUACCUUUGUGUGUGAGAGAAAAGAAGAUGUGAAAAUUGAUCCACUAAAAAGGUUGGCUAGUGAUAUUGUGAGACGGGUUGGCCGCAUGAAGGUUCUUAUUGUUCUUGAUGAUGUCAAGAAUAAAAAUCAGGUAAAGAUGUUAUUUGGAACCCUUGAUUGGUUUCGAUCAGAUAGUAGAAUAAUUAUAACAACCAAAGAUAAGCAAGUACUUAUUGCUAAUGGAGUUUAUGAUCAUGAUCUAUAUGAGGUUGGGGUAUUGAGUUUUAAUCAAGCACUUGAGCUUUUCUAUUUAAAUGCCUUCAAACAGAUUAAUCAACCUGAAAAAGAGAAGUACUAUAAGCUAUCAAAGAGGUUUGUCGAUUAG